AUGCUGCAUUUGGUCAAGACCAUUAGCUAUGACCAUACGAAACGCAGCAUUCAUUUCCACACUUUCGACCGAGCAACGGCCCGUCGGUUCCAGGACACCCAAGUUCCGUUCAAGCGAGCCGUUUACAGGCUUCGGAACCCGCAUCAGCCGGAUACAGGAUCGAUAUGGGCCAGGCAAUUGGGCAACGACGGUGUACGGACGGACACGCAGCGAGAAUAUGUGGUGGACAUCUUCAAUGUACCCCGGUGCACGGAUGUUGGGCGCUUAAAUGCGUACCUACAGGCGCACAUUAAGGCAGACAUUGAGUUUGAAAACCUAGAUGUCUAUUAUCCGGAAUCCAGAUCUUCAGUAGUGUGGAGACUUACGAUGAAGACAGCUGAAUGCCCGGAAUUUUUGCGGGGGAUAGUGCGAGUAAUUUGGUAUGGUCGGCCACUGGUGCUUAAACAUCCAGCAGUUGGAAACCGUCUGCAGUGUCUCCAAUCAACUCAAGGGAGAAGGCAGCCGCGUAGCGAGUGA